UUAGUUCCUGGAAUUGCUCACGUGUUAAGGCUGUUCCAAAUUUCACUUGCCCCAGCCAUGUACAAAAAGGUCCUGUUUCCCACACUCUUGUGGACAACGUUCAGCGUGUACUUCACCUUAAACAGCGACAGGCUGCAGGCAUACCUCUGCAACAAGUCUUUCCUGCUCAGCAUGGGGCAUUUGAGAUGUGUUGAGGUGCAUUUCUCUCUCAUUUCCCUUGACUCAUCCUUCUCAUCUCUAACCCUUGGCUUUCAUCCUGCAGGUUUCAGCUGAAACACUGUGGCCUCCUGGAAGACCUUGAGGAUUGCUCUCACCCCAGUGGGAGAUCAGCUCAGUGCCUUCUCUGUUCUCUGUCUUCCCACCAAAUCCUCUUUCCUGCGUUAGAGCACAUUUUCCAGGAAGGCGAUUGGAUCUGUGUCUGACUGCCUCCUCCAUCUGACAGCAUGGAUCCGCAGCCCCCUCCACCCGCCCAGGGCAGCCCACCUCACCGUGGCCGGGGCCGGGGCCGUGGCCGAGGCCGUGGUAGGGGCCGGGGCCGUGGCAGGGGGGGCGCUGGAGCCCCUCGGGCGCCCCUGCCCUGCCCGACCUGUGGCCGCCUCUUCCGCUUCCCCUACUACCUGUCCCGGCACCGGCUGAGCCACUCAGGCCUCCGACCCCACGCCUGCCCCCUGUGCCCCAAGGCCUUCCGCCGGCCCGCCCACCUCUCCCGCCACCUGCGAGGCCACGGGCCCCAACCCCCACUGCGCUGCGCGGCCUGCCCCCGCACCUUCCCGGAGCCCGCGCAGCUCCGGCGCCACCUGGCCCAGGAGCACGCAGGCGGCGAGGUCGAGCUGGCCAUCGAGAGGGCGGCCAAGGAGGCAGCAGAGUCCAGCUGGGGCUCCCAGGACGCCAGUGCGGAGCAGCAGCCCACCACCGCCGCAGCUGGGGCCGCUGAGGAGGAGGCCGCGUGGCCCGAGACGUGGCCGGCGGCGGAGCCGGCCACGCUGGCGGCCCCCGCGAGCGCCGAACCCCGGGAGUCGGAGGAGGAGGAGGCCGAGGCAGGGGCGGCGGAGCUGAGGGCGGAGUUGGCCCUGGCGGCCGGAAGGCAGGAGGAGAAGCAGGUCCUGCUCCAGGCCGACUGGACGCUCCUGUGCCUCCGCUGUCGUGAAGCCUUCGCCACCAAGGGCGAGCUCAAAGCGCACCCUUGUCUGCGCCCCGAGGGAGAACAGGAGGGUGAAGGGGGCCCCCCGCCCCGCCCCAAGCGCCACCAGUGCUCCAUCUGCCUCAAGGCCUUCGCCAGGCCCUGGUCGCUGUCCCGCCACCGGCUGGUCCACUCCACCGACCGCCCCUUCGUGUGCCCAGACUGCGGCCUGGCCUUCCGCCUCGCCUCCUACCUCCGUCAGCACCGGCGCGUGCACGGCGCGCUCAGCCUCCUGGCCCCGCUGCCCCCGGCGGGCAGGAAGGACGACAAGGCCUCGGGUGGACGGAACUCAGGGAAGGGGCCCGAGGGCGGCGAAGGGGCAGAGUGCGGGAGCGCCCCCGAGGGGGGAGAAGGCGGGCAGAACGGAGGGGACGCCACCCCGGCCCGGCCCCCCGCGGGGGAGCCGCGCUUCUGGUGCCCCGAGUGCGGCAAAGGUUUCCGGCGCCGCGCGCACCUGCGGCAGCACGGGGUGACCCACUCGGGGGCGCGCCCCUUCCAGUGCGUGCGCUGCCAGAGGGAGUUCAAGCGGCUGGCCGACCUGGCCCGCCACGCGCAGGUGCACGCAGGGGGCCCGGCCCCGCACCCGUGUCCGCGCUGCCCGCGCCGCUUCUCGCGCGCCUACAGUCUCCUGCGUCACCAGCGCUGCCACCGAGCUGAGCUGGAGAGGGCAGCCGCGCUGCAGGCGCUCCAGGCCCAGGCCCCGCCGUCGCCCCCGCCGCCCCCGCCGCCCCCGCCAGCUGGGCAGGAGGAGGAAGGGCUCCCGCUGCCCAUUGCACACAUCAAGGAAGAGCCACCCUCCCCGGGGACCCCACCCCAGUCGCCGCCGCCGGCUCCCCCUGUCUUCCUCAGCGCCUCCUGUUUCGACAGCCAAGACCAUUCAGCCUUCGAGAUGGAGGAAGAAGAGAUUGACAGCAAGGCCCACCUGCGCGGAUUGGGAGGCCUGGCCUCCUGACCUUCACACCCACUCUUGGCCCCUCCAUUUGGCUCCCGGUUUGCAAUAUGGAGGAGGGAAGUCGAAGGAGAGGUGCCUCCUGUCUACCCACCCUUCCCCUUCCAGCCCUCAACACUAAGGAGGGGGGGCCCUGGACCACCCCUCCCUCCCCAUCGCCCACCCCCAGGACCCCUGACUGGCUAGGAACUGCUUGCCCCCGUAGGCCUCUGAAGGCAGGACGACUUGGAAAAGGAGGCGGAAUAUAUUGGCCAGAGAGAUGGAGACUGGGGGGGAUCCCCUGCCUGGCUGUCUCCCAUUAUACACACUGGACACCAUCACCUCUUUGGAACUGCCAGACCCUUGGGGUCCCCAGUGAGCAAAGGUCCAUCCCUGUCCUUUUGUCUGUCUGUGAAUAAAUGUGAGUUCGUGAAACAG